AUGGAUAGGAUCAGCAACCUAGCAGACGAGAUUAUUUGCCACAUCGGGUCUUUCCUUUCGGCGAAAGAGGCGGCGUUCACGGCACUUCUCUCAAAGAGGUGGAGGAAUUUGUUUGAAAACCUAUUUCAUUUAUCAAUCACAGCUGAAGGAAACAUCAUCUGUUGGAACUGUUUGCAAGUUCUCCUAAAGAAAUCUCCAAAUCUAAAGGCUCUCACCAUCAAGGCAAGUGUGCACUAUAAGGAUGAUGAUCGUUUGGAUGAUGAAUCUGUUUGCGAAUGCUUGCUGAAGGGGUUUUCUUUCCUAUCGUUCUGCUAUAUUGAGGUAAUAAAGAUAACAGAGUUUAAAGGAGACAGAGAAAAGAUGGUGCAAAUAAAGCACAUGUUGGAGAAAUUGCCGUGUCUUAAACUUUUGGAAGUUCAUCUUAAGCCAAGAAGAGAUGACGUAAAGCUAAUUCAGAUCAUGGCGGAUCUCCUUAUGAUUCCGAGAAGUUCGUCCAAAUGUACAAUUAAGCUGUUCCAUCGAACAGAAAAUCUUAUGAACAUAAACGAGCAUAUCUGA